AUGUUUAGCUGUAACAUAAAAAUUAACAUAUUAAAAAUAUUUUCAGGCCAAAACCUGUUUGGCUCAGUGUAUAGAGCAUUGGCCUGUGGACUGAAAGGUCCUGGGUUCGAUUUUGGUCAAGGGCAUGUACCUUGGUUGCGGGCACAUCCCCAAGAGGGGGUGUGCAAGAGGCAGCUGAUUGAUGAUUCUCUCUCAUCGAUGUUUCUAACUCUCUAUCCUUCUCUCUUCCUCUCUGUAAAAAAAAAAUCAAUAAAACAUAUUUUUAAAAAAUAUUUUCAGGACUGGAAGGCAUUUUGGUUUUUUCCUAGGCCAGUGGGAAUUAGCUACAGGCCCUAUUGUGUCACUUCUCAGUGUCAGGCAUAUGCACAAGGAGAGAGCUCCUGCUCUCCCACUCCUUAA